GAGACGCACUUGAGGUGGGGAGCUGCAGGUGGUGUCUGCCAUCUUGCUCUGGGCGAUCACGGAAUGACAGGAAAACAAAAAGCAAACAAAAAACACCUCUCUUCCAGAAGAAAUAGGUAAAGCUCUCUGGACGUCGGGGCCCACACUGAUGGCAGAACAAUGUCAGCCACUAACAACGUAGCGCAGGCCCGAAAGCUGGUGGAGCAACUCCGCAUCGAAGCCGGGAUGGAACGCAUCAAGGUGUCCAAAGCCGCCUCUGAGCUGAUGAGCUACUGCGAGCAGCAUGCCAGGAGCGACCCCUUGCUGGUCGGCGUCCCCGCGUCCGAGAACCCCUUCAAGGACAAGAAGCCCUGCGUCAUCCUCUAGCUCUGUUCUGUGUGUGCUUGCCCCCCCCCCUC